UUGAUUCGACGUGUGCGCUGUGCUUGUGUGUGGUGUUUGUUCUCUUGCUCUCUGUAGGACACGGCGGGGCAUGAGCGCUUCAGAACGCUGACUCCCAGCUACUACCGAGGAGCCCAAGGGGUUGUUUUAGUGUAUGAUGUCACAAGAAAAGACACUUUUGUGGGACUGGAGAGCUGGCUGAGUGAGCUGGAAAUGUAUUCCACUGAUGGCAACGCUGUGAAGAUGCUGGUUGGCAAUAAAACCGACAAGCCGGAUCGCGAAGUGGAGAGAAGAGAAGGACUCCAGUUUGCUAGGAAACACUCGCUGCUUUUCAUAGAGACCAGUGCCAAGACGCAGGAUGGAGUGCAACAUGCCUUUGAGGAACUUGCCAUAAAGAUUCUGCAGACCCCAGGGCUUUGGGAUAAAAGCAGAGCAAAACGGGGCGUCCAGCUAAUGGAAUCUUCAGCACAGCAGGAUAAAAGCUCGUGUGGUGCCUACUGUCCGCUUCCGUAA